GCUAGCGCAACCAUAGGUCGCUCGCUUGCCUCCUCGCAUCAACCGCGCACGCACGUCGCAGCGGCUCAGCUCAGCGCGCGCCGUGGGUUCGUUGAGGUGGUCGGCACGCGCGCGCGGGACCGCGGAGAUGACGAUGAUGGGCGGGCAGCCGCAGCAGCAGCCGCCGCCGCCGCCGCAGGUGGUGGUGCAGCAGCCGCCGGCGGCGUUCGGGGACACGACGCUGACCAAGGUGUUCGUGGGCGGGCUUGCGUGGGAGACGCACAAGGACACGCUCCGCGAGCACUUCGAGCGCUUCGGCGACAUCCUCGAGGCCGUCAUCAUCUCCGACAAGCUCACCGGCCGUUCCAAGGGCUACGGAUUCGUGACGUUCAAGGAGGCUGACGCGGCGAAGAAGGCGUGCGAGGACGCCACACCGGUCAUCAACGGUCGCCGCGCCAACUGCAACCUCGCGUCCCUCGGCGCCAAGCCGCGGGCACAGCCGCCGCACCUCCUCCGCCCCUCGCCGCCGGCCACCCCGGGGGCGCCGCAAGCCCCCGCGCUUCCCUCCCCUCACCACCAGCCCGCGCCAGCCAUCGCGGUGGGGUCCAGGGGCAUGUCGCCGGUGCCGUGGUACUACCACCCCUCCACGACGCCGCCGCCGCCACCGCCGCCGGCCGCGCACUACGCCGCCCACGGCGGUCACCACCAGCAGCAGUACCACGGAGUGCUCCCCUUCUACCCCGCCACCACCUACGGGUACUCCCCGAAUUACGUCGCUGACCUGAGCUACAACGCGAAGCUCGGACAAGCGGCGGCGGCGCAUGGCACGGGCGGGGCCUACCUGCAGGGGCACUUCUCGUACCCGGCGGCGGCGCAGGGAGGCAUGCUCGCGGCGAACGGGAUGAUGCCCGUGUACCCGUACUACCAGUACCACUACCAUGGCGCGCAGGGGCUGGGCGUCCCCGCCGCCCACUUCUUCCCGCCGGUCUCCGCCGCAGCCGUCACCACCGUGCCGGCCAUCAUCUCGAAGCCCACCGUCAUGGCCCCUCCCAAAGUGGAGCAGGUGACGGGAUGCAGUUGAAGGGCACGGCGACAGUGCGAGGAAUUAAGAGGCCAAAGGUGCUCUGGCGAUUAACAUGCUGCACAUGAAGGGUUCGUCCGGUUGUCGGACUAGGCUGCCUAUUCGAUUCGUUUAAUUCUCUCUAACUCGUGCGCCCAUGGGGGCGCACGCCCAUCAAAAUCUGUAACAAGAAAGAUUCAAUUCGUCUCUCGUUUACCAGCGUAUUUUUCAAUGGUAAACUCUUCUUUUUCCAUGUGUCUGUAGUCCAAUCGCUGCAGGGGACAGUGAACCUGAAUAAAUCGUCAUAAUCUCGUCAUAUAUUCUCUGAAAA